AAAACCGAUUUUCAAAUUGAGCUUCAACAGAAAAGUUUGAAACAACAUCUGCAACGACAGCGUAAAUCUGGUUAAACAGUAGGCCUGAAUGUUUUAAGUUUCUGUAAGGUAUUUGGUCUGUCGUAACACUAAACGUUGCAAGUAUGCUUACGUAGUGCACAUAUUUCGCAAUAAAAAAAAAAAAAAAACUUAAGGAAGGACACAUUAAACAAUGCCACUGCUCAGAGUGGUGGGAUGUCAGAUUGUGUAUAUUAAAAUGAUACGUGCUUAUAGUCAUCUUUACCUGAAAGUUAAACGUUGCUUUCGAACGGCUCGUUCAAGUACGACUAUUUAAUGAUUAAUGAGAGGAAUUCUGGGGUAACUAUAUACAUCAGUAACGACAAAAUGUCAAUUUGGCUAUCUGUUUGAAGUUCUAUAAUCUAGUUUGUGAUGCUGAUAAGUGCCAUAAAGGCAGAUUGUAAAAUGGAAUGAUGCAUGCUGAAUUAGUUAAUUAAACUGUGGCCAUAUUAUGAGGAAUAUUAAUUAAACUGUAUAGACAAAAUACAGCAAACAGUGUACGGCUUUGCCCACAACAUCAGGGCAACAUUGCACAAACUUAAUGUUAAAAACUUUAACAAAACCAAAUAUGUCAUUAAACAUCACACACCCCACCAGAGCUGAGAUAAAGGGGAAGGAGGACAAGUCUCAGUGGAAGGAGUUAAUCGAGGAUAUAAGCGUUUUACAAUGGGUGUUUUCAUUUCUGUUUUUAGGAACGGCCUGUCUGCUGUUGAUGAUCUAUAUGAUGUUUACCUCCCUGUGGCUCAUUCCCACACUCUACUUCUCAUGGCAGAUCUAUGAUUGGCAUACACCCGAAAGAGGUGGCAGACGAACAAAAUUUGUGAGAAGCUGGGAAGUAUGGAAACACUACAGAGACUAUUUUCCUGUGAAGCUGGUAAAAACCGCUGAAUUGAAUCCCAGUAAGAACUAUAUAAUGGGCUGUCACCCCCAUGGCAUCAUGUGUGUGGGAGCCUUCUCGUGUUUCAGCACAGACCGUAAUGGAUUUGCGGAAACCUUUCCUGGAAUACGCUCCACUCUUGCGAUUCUGGCCGGACUUUUCCGCCUUCCUCUUUUCAGAGAGUAUAUUUUGUCUGCUGGUCUGCUGCCUGUGAGUAAGGGGAGUUUAGAUUACGUUCUGAGCCGCACUGGUUCGGGUAACGCCGUGGUCAUCAUCAUCGGUGGGGCAGAGGAAUCGCUGACCUCAUCUCCAGGAGUAAACACUUUAGUCAUGAAACAUAGGAAGGGUUUUGUACGACUGGCCCUUGAACACGGGGCUGACCUGGUUCCCGUGUACUCCUUCGGUGAGAAUGAGCUGUUCCCACAGGUGGUUCUGUCUGAGGGCAGCAUCGGCCGACGGCUCCAGGCUCUUUUUAAGCAGGUUAUGGGUUUUGCUCCGUGUCUCUUCACCGGAGGGCGCCGGCUGCUUCUGCCAUACAGACGCCCCGUCACCACUGUGGUGGGUCGUCCCAUUACCGUGCCUCAGGUGGACAGCCCGUCGCAGGAACAGGUGGAUCAUUACCACGGGUUAUACAUGAAGUCUCUGUCUGAACUUUUCCACGAACACAAAACCAGCUGCGGACUGGCCGACACACACGAGCUGCGCUUCAUAUAGAAAUGCUGGAAAGCACAAAGUCAUUGAAACAACUGCCGGAAUUACGACGUGGGACAGAAAUACUUAUUUCUGUACGGUUUUCCAUGUGAACGGGUUAGCUUUUUCGGUUCUCCAAAAAUACGCUCAAUGCACCAAGUGAAUGUCUGAAUCAGAACGACGCUCUCUUCCUGAGGAGCUGUAUAUGUGCUAUUAACGAACACAAAGAACUUGAGCCGUCCAAAAAAAGAAAGAUUUAUCACCUUUAUCCGUGAUGGGAAUUUAAAACGUUAGUGCUCAUAAUGAAAAGAUGUAUAAAGAGUAUUUUUAAGAAGUAUGAGAAUAUAAUUUCCUGAAAAUAAUUAUUUUAAUAUAUUACACGUGUAUAUUGAUGCUUUUACCUUAAAAUUCAUCAUUAGAAUUUUAAAGUGCAAAGUCUUAAAAAUACCUCUCUUCUUGAAAAACAAAUCAUAAAACAAGCACAUUUUUACCA